AAUUUUUUUUAGUUUAGCUAUUAUGAGAAGGCUAUUGAGCUAAGAGUGCUCAAGAGGAGUAUUAGACGAACAUCAAUGGCGAAAUCAUACAAUGUAAUUUAAAGAAUAUUAAAUUUAAGAUUGCAGGCAGUUUAUGUCUUAAUCCUUACUAAACAUGUCUGGUUUGAAUCAUGGUUUUAAUUCAAGCCAGUAUAUGGAGAGGAAUAAGGAUGGUUAUUUUGAUCAAUUGCUUAUAAAUGCUUUUUUGCUUUUUGUUUUAAAAUCAAAAUCGAUUAUCUAUUUCAAAUUUGUUAAAACGAUUCGUAUCUUAUUUUUUAUUACUGAAAAUCUUAAAAGAAUUAAUUCUAAUGAAAAAAAAAGGUUAUAUUCUUAUUAGUUUUAUUUAUUUGAACAAUUCUUACUUUAUUAUUAAACUCAUAAAACUAUUUGAGUAAAAAGAAAGAUCAUAACUAUUAGUAAACUUGGGAAGCAAGAAUUUGGAAAGUUUGAAGGAUUAAUUAGAUUUGAUUUUUGAUCAGCAAGCAAAUAAACUUGAGCAUCAAGCCAUCAAGUUAUGUAGCAAUUUCAUUUUUCUGACAGCACAAGAAAAUGAACACAAGCCUGGCCCAUUGCAAAAAAUAGCCCAUGAGGCCCAAUUACUAUCACGUUAUCUUCUCAAAUCCCCAUAAUCCCCAUAAUCCUUAGCUGGUGGCUCAGAACGCAUAACAGAGAAGCUUACUCUUUUUCUCUCUUUUGAGCCUUCCUUCUCAGGUGUAAUACUUUCGUUGGUGAUACUCAAAAACUAGUCAAGAUGGUGAAAUUCACAGCAGAGGAAUUGAGAAGAAUUAUGGACAACAAGCACAAUAUACGGAAUAUGUCCGUUAUUGCCCAUGUUGAUCAUGGAAAAUCAACUCUUACCGAUUCUCUGGUGGCUGCUGCUGGUAUCAUUGCUCAAGAAGUUGCUGGUGAUGUCCGGAUGACUGAUACUCGUCAGGAUGAGGCAGAACGUGGCAUUACAAUUAAGUCUACUGGUAUCUCUCUCUAUUAUGAGAUGUCUGAUGAAUCUCUGAAGAGUUACGAAGGAAAGCGACAAGGGAAUGAGUACCUCAUCAAUCUCAUUGACUCACCUGGGCAUGUUGACUUUUCAUCAGAAGUCACUGCUGCUCUUCGUAUCACUGAUGGUGCACUUGUGGUUGUUGAUUGUAUUGAGGGUGUCUGUGUCCAAACAGAGACUGUGCUUCGUCAAGCCCUUGGUGAAAGGAUUAGGCCUGUGUUAACUGUUAACAAGAUGGACAGGUGUUUUCUUGAGCUGCAAGUUGAUGGGGAAGAAGCUUACCAAACUUUCCAAAGAGUUAUUGAGAAUGCUAAUGUGAUUAUGGCUACCUAUGAAGAUCCUCUUCUUGGUGAUGUUCAGGUCUAUCCUGAGAAAGGCACUGUAGCUUUCUCUGCUGGUUUGCAUGGUUGGGCUUUUACUCUGACUAACUUUGCCAAGAUGUAUGCCUCCAAGUUUGGUGUUGAUGAGUCAAAGAUGAUGGAGCGUCUCUGGGGUGAAAACUUCUUUGAUCCCGCUACUAAAAAAUGGACCACCAAGAAUACUGGAUCUCCUACUUGCAAGCGUGGUUUUGUUUUGUUCUGUUAUGAACCUAUCAAGCAGAUUAUUAGCUCUUGUAUGAAUGACCAAAAGGAUAAGUUGUGGCCAAUGCUACAGAAGCUUAAUGUCACCAUGAAGUCUGAUGAGAAAGAACUGUUGGGAAAGGCAUUGAUGAAGCGUGUCAUGCAAACAUGGCUUCCUGCCAGUGCUGCUCUCUUGGAAAUGAUGAUCUUUCAUCUUCCUUCCCCUGCAACGGCUCAGAAAUAUCGUGUUGAGAACCUGUAUGAAGGUCCUCUUGAUGAUGUUUACGCAACAGCUAUCAGGAACUGUGAUCCAAAUGGACCCCUUAUGCUCUAUGUAUCAAAGAUGAUUCCAGCAUCUGAUAAGGGUAGGUUCUUUGCCUUUGGUCGUGUCUUUGCAGGCAAGGUCUCUACUGGUAUGAAGGUUAGGAUUAUGGGUCCAAACUAUGUUCCUGGAGAGAAGAAAGAUUUGUAUGUGAAGAGUGUUCAGAGAACUGUCAUUUGGAUGGGAAAGAGACAAGAAACAGUUGAGGAUGUUCCUUGUGGUAAUACAGUUGCUAUGGUUGGUUUGGAUCAGUUCAUUACCAAGAAUGCAACUUUGACAAAUGAAAAGGAAGUUGAUGCUCAUCCUAUCCGAGCCAUGAAAUUUUCAGUCUCCCCUGUUGUGCGUGUGGCCGUGCAAUGCAAAGUUGCAUCUGACCUUCCCAAACUUGUUGAAGGUCUGAAACGUCUGGCCAAGUCAGAUCCUAUGGUGGUAUGUUCUAUUGAAGAAUCUGGGGAGCACAUUGUUGCUGGUGCUGGUGAACUUCAUCUUGAGAUUUGCUUGAAGGAUCUGCAAGAGGACUUCAUGGGUGGAGCUGAAAUUGUAAAAUCUGAUCCAGUUGUCUCAUUCCGUGAGACUGUUCUUGAGAAGUCAAGCCGCACAGUGAUGAGCAAGUCGCCCAACAAGCACAACCGUUUGUACAUGGAGGCAAGACCUUUGGAGGAUGGGCUUGCUGAGGCCAUUGAUGACGGUCGUAUUGGUCCAAGAGAUGAUCCUAAAGUUCGUUCCAAGAUAUUAUCUGAGGAGUUUGGUUGGGACAAGGAUCUUGCUAAGAAGAUUUGGUGCUUUGGCCCUGAAACCACUGGUCCAAAUAUGGUUGUGGACAUGUGUAAGGGAGUCCAAUACCUUAAUGAAAUCAAGGACUCUGUUGUUGCUGGAUUCCAGUGGGCCUCCAAGGAAGGAGCCUUGUCUGAAGAAAACAUGAGAGGUAUUUGCUUUGAAAUUUGUGAUGUUGUUCUCCAUGCUGAUACUAUCCACAGAGGUGGAGGUCAACUUAUCCCAACUGCCCGGAGGGUUAUCUAUGCUUCUCAGAUCACAGCCAAACCAAGGCUUCUUGAACCAGUUUACCUGGUUGAAAUCCAAGCUCCAGAACAAGCUCUUGGUGGUAUCUACAGUGUCCUCAACCAGAAACGUGGGCAUGUGUUUGAAGAAAUGCAGAGGCCUGGUACUCCACUCUACAACAUCAAGGCAUACCUACCAGUUAUCGAGUCAUUCGGUUUCUCAAGUACUCUAAGAGCUGCAACAUCUGGACAGGCUUUCCCUCAGUGUGUGUUCGACCACUGGGAUAUGAUGAUGUCUGACCCUUUGGAGCCUGGAACUCAGGCAGCCGCACUGGUUGCUGAUAUUCGCAAGAGAAAGGGCUUGAAGGAGCAAAUGACUCCACUUUCUGAGUAUGAAGACAAGCUGUGAGUUCAAUUUCACAUCCAUUAAAAGCCUCAAAGAGCAGAUUAAUAUGCUUGAGGAUAAACUAUAAGAUUAAGUCAAUAAUAUCUGGAAUAGUAGCCAGUGUGUAUUUUUUAUGGUGUCAUCGUGUCCUUGGUAGUUAGUUUAUUUAAGUUGCAUUGGUUUUAAGGAGUUGUUAUCUUUGGAUUUGGUGUUAUAAACUGCGUACGUCUUGCAUGGUUUAUGGAUUUGGUGUCAGCUUUGGCGAAAUAUGUAUUCUCCUCAGCUAAUUAUGGGCUAUGUUAUAUCUAUCGUAUUAAUAAAUAAAAUUGUUUAAGGUAAGUUAUUAUUUAA